AGUAUGCAAAAAAAUUUCCCCUUUUUCCUUUACUAACAUCAAUUAUGUCAACGCGUUCAGGCGUAUCACUAGUCCAUGCUUUACAAUCCCUAAUAAUAUGAUAUAGUAAUCAUCAUACAAGUGAAAAACAAAAUUUGACGAAUCGGCUUUUCGCCAGCUCACAAUAAAUCAUUUAGGCUGAAGAAGCUGAAUUGCCGAAAACCCCGGUUUGUUAAUUUUCACCUUUUUUUGCUUUUCAAACUGAAGCUUCUUUCAUAGGUUAUUUUCUUGCAACGAGUGUGAACAGUAACCAUAUACUAUAGACUCAAGAAUAGAUGUGAAAUUCGUCUUUCUUUUUAUUGCAAGAAAUGGUUCUAAACACCUCGCUUAAAUAAGUAUGUAAAAAAGAAUAAAUAAACAAAUACAAAUCAAGAACAAGGAAUAAGAAAGAGAAAGAGAUAAAAUGCCUAUUCGUUGUUUCGCAUCGUUUCAAAAGUCAUCUCGUCUCAUAUCGUCUGCUCAUAAGAACGUACAAACAUACCAAGAACGAUUCGUUGUACCUGCCAAUCCACAACAGGAGUUAGAAUACAUGCACGAACCAAAACCUACAGUGUAG